AGUUAGUGUCCAUAAAGCUCUGUGCGACAACAUCGACACAAGAACAGCACUGGAUCAUAUACGGGACCUCAUUACAGAAGCCAACAAGUACAUGAACAACAAUGUUAAGGUAAAUUCACAGCUGUUGCUAAAUAUCAACAACUACAUAGGCAAGUUAAUGAGUAUGUUUGGAGUCCCAGUUGGUGAUAGAGCUGUGUCUGGAGGCCAGGAUUCAGAGAAGCUGGUUGCUGUAGCAGAAGUUGUAGCCAGCAUCCGAGAGCAGCUGCGGCAGUGGUCCCGUGAUAAAGAAAAGGAUAUUAAAGAUCUUCAGGGGCAGCUGCUGGGUCUGUGUGACAGUAUUAGGGAUGACCUUUUGCCACCCCUUGGUGUCAGAUUAGAAGAUAGAGAAGGAGGAACCCCAAGCAUUAAAUUGGUUGAUGCAGCAGAAUUGAUGCAGGAAAUACAGGCCAAAAAAGAUCAGGAGGAAGCUAGGAGACAAGAAAAGGUUAAAAAGAAAGCAGAACAAGUGGCCAAGCAACCGACAGAAGCACCAAAAGAUCCCAAGGAUAUGUUCCGUACUCCUGACUACUCUCAGUGGGACAGUAAUGGUCUUCCAACACAUGACAAGGAAGGGAAGGAGAUAACAAAGAGUCAAGUGAAGAAGUUGACCAAGCUAAUGGAGGCACAGAAGAAAAAGUUUGAAAAAUGGCAAGCUCAGCAGCAACAAUCAUAGUGUAGUGUCAUUGUGCUUUGUGUGUGAAGUACUGUAGCCCAUGGAACUAAGACCAUACGAGUGAUGAUUUUGUUGCAGUCGUUGAAGAUCUUAAUUUAUGUAUAGAUUUUGUUUUGUCUAAUUUGAAUUAAUUUCUCUUAAUUUGAUAAAAAGUGAAAUACAGUGGCCCCUCGGUUAACGAACACAAUUGGUUCCACAGAGUCGUUCAUUAACCAAAAAUUUUGUUAACCGAAUCUAUUAUUUCAAUGGGAUAUUGGGUAAUUGGUUCCAACUCACAGAAAAGUACAUACAAAGUAUAAACAAAAUGCAGUACAAUACAGUACUGUACACUUACUUUGAGGUGUGUAUGUAGAAUUUUGCUGGUUGAUGAAGAUGAGAAUUAAAAGUGGGGGGUGGAGGAGGAGAAGAGAAGGAAGUGGGGGUGGAGGAGAAGGGAGAAGAGAAGCAUUUUAAUGCUUCUUGGAAGGCGAGUCACCUUCCAUAAUAAUGUCGGGAACCUCUGGACUGACAGAUUCUCUAACAUGAAAAUCCUCUCUCCUUUUUGGAGAGGAACACUGAGGGGAAUCAUCUUUCUUACCCAUACUUAUGCAGUAAUUUCACCAAUAAUAUUUUAAGUUCACUAGCUGUAAUUAAAGAUUAUUUUAUUUAAAUCAACACUGCACUGAUCUAUAUAUUAUCAAUAUGUUAACUAAAUUUCAGAAUGACCAAUUAUUUUAAUGUAAAAAUGUAAAAUUAUUCAGGAGUCCAACAAACUCGAUGUUUCCUCCACUGUAAAGAAAGUUAAACAGAGAAGCUUUGGCGGGUGAGUCAAGCGGCUGAUGGGCGCACAAAAACUAAUUCCCUGUACUUCAUAUGUUAUCAAUAUGUUAACUAAAUUUUAGAAUGACUAAUAAUUUUAAUAUAAAAAAUGCAAAAAUAUUAAAGAGCACAACCUUUUUGAUAUUUACUCCACUGGAAACGAAUGUAAACAAAGAACCGA